AUGUAUGCUCUUCAACCUCCGCGCAAAGAUGUUCCAAUGGCUCUGCUGAUCAAGGUCGCCCUGCAGAGGUUACUGGCAUGGUGGUUCUCAAAAUCGCCUAGAACUAGGCUGCGACAUCGUCUGGCCUCCGCGCAGACAUUUGAGGAGUGGGAAGAGGCUGCUUUUGAGCUGGACGAGCUCCGGAGCGCGGAUUUAUGGCGCCAGAACCCGACAAGUCGACACUACGACUACCGAUUGAUUCUGGGGCGAGUAGAAGCUUUGAUGACUGCUCGUGAGGAAGAGGAUAUCCUGACACUGGCCAAUCUUCUUCGCUCCGGACUUGUCCGCAACCUGGGCAACAUCACCUCCCCGAAACUCUUCUUACAUGCGUACGCUGGCACGAAACUCCUCAUUGAUGACUAUAUCACACAAGUCGCACUUUCGAUCCAGCACAUAACGGCUCUGCAGACCGCUCCAGUCCACGAGAGUGGGUUCACCUCGCAGGCCAAGCUGGAGCUCCUGCAUGAUACUCGCCAAGCUUUCGGUAGAACAACUCUGCUCCUGCAAGGUGGCUCAAUAUUCGGGCUAUGUCAUCUUGGUGUGGUCAAGGCUCUGCAUCUGCAGGGUCUUUUGCCCAGAAUCAUCACGGGGACAGGAACUGGAGCGCUCAUUGCGGCUCUGGUUGGGAUCCACUCCGAGGACGAAUUGUUGUCGUUCCUUGAUAGUGAUGGGAUUGAUUUGACGGCUUUUGAUCGCCGACGACGGGAGAAGCUUUCUGGCGAGCACUCACAGGAAUUGCCUUACGGUAGCGAAGACAGCUGGCUUGGGACGCUUUUCCGUCGGGUGAAGCGCUACAUUGAAAAAGGCUACUUUCUCGACGCUGGAGUUCUGGAGGAAUGUGUGCGGGCGAAUUUGGGUGAUUUAACCUUCGAGGAAGCAUAUGCACGGUCGAAACGUAUCUUGAACAUUACAAUAGCGACAUCGGGCAAGAAUGGCACCCCGAACCUGCUGAAUUACCUGACCGCGCCGAAUGUUUUAAUCUGGUCGGCGGCAGUUGCCUCGAACGCGUCCUCGCGUACGUUAUACCAGCCUGUCACGAUAUACUGCAAAGAUGAAACAGGCUCAAUAGUCCCCUGGCCACACGCUCAGGACGCCACCUUCCACUCAUGGCGCCACGUACAUUAUAGCGACGGGGAGUCACCGCUUUCCCGCAUCGCCGAGUUAUUCAACGUCAACCACUUCAUCGUGUCGCAGGCGCGGCCGUAUCUCAUUCCAUUUCUGGGCUCGGACCUGAACCUGCUCGACCGCCAUCAGACAGGCCAGUGGAACAUCACGCGGCCGCUGAAGCGCCUAGUCGUCGUGGAGCUGCGCCACCGACUUCGCCAGCUGGACUACCUCGGUCUCCUGCCUCAAAUCAUCGGCCGACUCCUCAUCGAAGAGACGAUCCCUGGAUCGAAUCUCACGCUUGUUCCCGAUCUAUCUCUGAUUGACUUUACGGAGCUCCUACAGAAUCCGAGCAAGGACAACCUGGCAUACUGGAUCUUAAAGGGUGAAAGGAGCGUAUGGCCAGCUAUCGGCGCGCUCAAGGUUCGCUGUGCGGUCGAGAUCGAGCUUGACAAGGGGUAUCAGCGCGUGCGGCGAAGGCGGCCUAGCGAGAGUGUAGCAUUGCACCGGCGAGGUCCCAACGAGGGUGUACCCAGGAGACGGAGGGGGUAUAGUAUAGACAACGGACGGGAUCUGAGCAGUUUGCUGGGGAGUGCGGACUAUCAGCCGGAUGUGCCGAAUUCAUGA